GGCAAGUAGUUAGGAAAGAUUUUGUUGCUGUUUUUCUGCGUAGUUGUGUCUGCCUCGUCAAGUCUAUUGAAGUUGGAUCAGAUUAUUCUGCUUUGAGUGUUCAGAUGCUGGAUUGUGCACUUUUAUUACAGGUUGCCCCAGAAGAAUUCAAGACCAGCAUCGGUCGUGUGAAUGCCUGUUUAAGAAAGAAUCUCCCUGUCAAUGUAAAAUGGCUGCUGUGUGGCUGUCUGUGCUGCUGCUGCACACUGGGCUGUAGCUUGUGGCCUGUAGUCUGUCUUAACAAAAGAACUAGAAGAUCAAUUCAGAAGUUAUUAGAAUGGGAAAAUAACAGACUAUAUCAUAAGCUUGGUUUGCACUGGAAGUUGAGUAAAAGGAAAUGCGAAACUAGCAAUAUGAUGGAAUAUGUAAUAUUAAUAGAGUUCUUACCAAAAUAUCCCAUAUUUCGACCUGACUGAGGAACAACAUUUGAUCUUUCAUGUUACCUGUCAUUUUCUACCCUUAGUGCCUUGUAGAUGAUUUUGGAAAGAAGAUGGUCUACUUUGCUGUGACUUAAAAAUGUUCUUCAGUAGAAUAUUUUCCUUGCUAUGUUACUUUCUUUUGUUAAGAAGAGAACAAUUUGCACAUUUUUUUUUUUUUUAUGUUAAAUGAGGCUUCUGUGUUGCACUCUGAAUUUUUAACAUUAACUGAUAUAGUUGCCACUAGGGAUCUAACAUCAGUGCUGCUUAAACUUGUUCUGAGCAUGCUGCCUUAUUAAUUUCUAUAUUUGGUGUCCUCAAAUGUACAUCCUAAUGCCGUGUCAUACUAUAUUUCCUUCUAAACGUCACAAUCCUAUAAACUCUCAGUAGAAAUGUCCAGGUAAGAGUCUAGUAGUAAUGAUUUUAGUAUAACUUGCUUGCAUAGGACUUGCAAUCAACAGCACUGGUUUUGUCCUGCACUUUGCAAAAUCAUCAUUUACAUUAGGGGGUUAAUUAUUUUACCCACUAUGGAUUUGUAAAUAUUGACUCUUUGCAUAAUCUGAAGUGUGGUAUGCCAAGGUUUACAGAAUGUAAUAUAGCUCUUAUUCUAUUGCCAACAGUUCAACAUCAUUUUAUUGGUUACAUUUGCUAGUAUCCCUCUGCAUGUAUAGACCCAUUCACAUGCUGUUUUUAUGGUAAAGCCAUAAUGAGUUUGUACAUACUAUCAGAUGUGUAGGGCUCAGUUGCACUUUUAGUAAAUGGAUGAAAAAUGCAUAGCAUUUCUGUCUUUUUUAAGUAUUUCAGUUGUUUGUAGCAUCUGAAAUAGGAAGCUGAAAUACUGUUCACCUUUGAAAAAGUUGUAUUUGUGGGGUAGAUGGCUGCUGCCCUUAGCAAAAUAUCCUAAGCCCUCUUUUUAAGUUAGGAAUAUAUGAA